AUGUCUUCACCAUAUAAGCAUGUUCUCAUCAUUGGCGCCACUUCCGGAAUAGGGGCAGCACUGGCUGACAAGUUUAUCCUUGAGGGUGCCAAGGUCAUUGCCGUUGGCCGCCGUCAGGACCGGCUAGAUGCCUUUGUCCAAAAACACGGCGCAGACAAAGCAAGCGCUGUCAAAUACGAUGUUACUGAUAGAGCUGGCCUCGAUUCCUUCGUAGACAACCUGACUGGAUCUUUAUCCUCAAGGGUCACCAACACAUACCCCGAUCUAGACUGCGUCUUCCUCAACUCGGGUUUUCAAAGCCAGGUCCGCUUGUCAAGGCCCGAGGAAGUUGACCUACAUGCAUUCCACCAAGAGAUGGAAACCAACUUCAACCGGCUGGUUGAUCUCUCAAUUAAGCUACUUCCACACCUUAAGAAGAAGCCAUUCCCAACCGCACUGAUCUUUACGGGAACUUUGCUCGCCCAGGUCCCUGCCGUGACCAUGCCGGCCUAUUCUGCAUCGAAAGCCGCGUUGACAGCGUAUGUCACGUGUCUGCGCCGCCAGAAUGUAGGAUCCAGUACCAAGAUCAUUGAGCUGUGGCCUCCCGUUGUCCAGACCGAGCUUCACGAUUACAUGGGCCCCGAAAAUGGCCGGGCUAUGGGUAUGCCCGUGGCCGAGUUCGUAGAAAAGACAUGGCCGCAUGUGGUCUCGGGGGUGGAUCACAUCAUUGUCGGUGCUAUUGGACCGGAAGCAUCAUUCUUGAGCUCCAUCCAGCAGCGCCGAGAACAGUUUGAUAUGUUGUCUGGUCUCAUGUUGUCUCAUUUUGAGCUGUGA